AUGGACAACGCCUCUUGUUCUUCCACCGACAGCAUCGACAUAGACAGCAAUGAACUGGUGUCGCUCGAGAUCACGUCUCUGGAAUCGAUUCUCCAAGGCGCCCAAGGUACUCUGAGAGCGUUGCUUGGGCAGGGGUCAGCACCGCAGCACAACAUUCCACACGAUGCCUCCGCUGCUACUGGGCGUCAAGGCGAGAGGGGAAAGAAAGCCCCGCAGGGGGCCAAUGUGGAAGAGACAAAGGAUGUUACCAUGGUCUCGAAGCGUCUGCGGAAGGUGGAAGAGCCGUCGUCGCUCAGGAGAGUGCCCGGGGCUGCCUGGUCCUUGAGCCACAUGAAGCGCGUCGACUGGCUUCCUGGACCCUCGAACACCUCCACGCCUCUAGCGUCAAAUGCCGGGCAAACACUGGGGCCGUACGGCGAUGCUUCCAUGCCGCUCUCCAAGGCCGGCAACGAGAGGGGCCCGACGUUUCCCACUCGAAAACGCGUGCCUGGGUUCAGCAUCGGCCCGCCUUUGAGCUCCCUCCCGAAGGGCCGAACCCGCCCAGGCAGAGCGAGGAAUAGCGCAUCUCAGGCAGGGGAGAAGAGUAGAAGGCAAGGCCUACACGGUGAUCGUGACGGUAGUAUCGGUGGUACGAGCGAGGCGGGGAUGGCGAGAGGCGGGGUGACGGGCCAAGGUCCGAAUGGCCGGCAGGAAGCCAAGGCGGAGGGUAGCGACGGCGUAACGGCACUACGGCCAUGCCGACAUUGCCGAAAUGAGUGGUGGAGGUUGACGGGGUCGAAGAGAACGUCGCAAACGCCUCUGGCUGUUCCGCGGUUGGUCAUUCGGCGAUGUCGGGGGAGGGGGGUGGAGGGGAAGUGGGGGAAACCGAGACGGCGGCGGCGGAGGUUUCGGUACAAGAAAGCCCCGUGUCAGAACAAUGCCUGGUCCCUAUGGACGAGGAGCAUGAGGAGAAGGAGGAGGAGGAGGGGGGAGGAGGAGGAGGGGGGGGCGUGUGUGGGGCUGUCUAACAGGGCAACGGAUGGUGGCGCCGGGAAACGGAAGACAGAGGAGAACCACUGCUCCUUCAAUGACUGUCGUGCGGGUAACUUCACCUCUACCACCGCUGUCGGCAAGGCAGACUCCAUCGCGUCCACCGGCGUAGAUGGCGACAACGGCUGCAGCGCCGAGGGGCGUAGCAGUGCAGACCGUCACGACAGCGGUGCUAGCGAUGGAACAGCUGCCGUUGCGGUCGUCGGCGAUGACCCCGAUGAUGACGAUUUCACGGGGGAAGUGCGCCGCAAGAGCUGCUGUGCGGCUUCUUGCUGGUUCGCGUGCCCGUGUGCCUGCCACACCUCCACCGUUGUCGACACAGAACUCUCCUCGAUUGCGACGGAGAAGGGCAACGACAAGAUCACGGACAGACGGAGAGUAACGGGUAUACCGGCCCGAUCGAAGGGACAGGGGCAAGGGCAGGAGGUGGUGCUUCUACCGGCCGCAGAACCUGGUAUGAACGGGGCCGACAACGGUGCCCGGGUUGCCGCCCUUGCCGCUGACGACGUGAAACGUGCGUUUCUUGCCACGUCGGAAAGCGGGGCGGGGCCGAGGAAAAUUCACUUCGGCACGGCAGCGCGCUACCCUUUGCUUGGACAGCCCACCGGUGGUAGUACUCGGGCCGCCGAUGCUGGUUCUGGGAGUGUCAAGGACAUCAGUGGGCCUCGUUCAUACGACACGAGCUCCACCGAGGCGAUCACCCGCCCACGGGUCAAAGGUUUUCAGUUUUCUCGCCGGGCGCGCGACCCCACGGUGGCGAGAGCGGAGUCAACAGCCACGGCAGUGAUAGCCAUCGCCGAAAGGCGCUCGCGGGCCCCCUGCAGCACGGUGUUCGUAGGAGGAAGCGGCGGUCGCUCGCCGUGCGCGACCACCCGAGACGGCGGCGAUUCCACCGAGGCAAGCCAGAAGGGGCGACAGACGGCGCUAUGGGAGGUCGGGGGUCCCGGAGAGGGGGCGGUCCCCGAGGAAGGAGGAGAGGAGAUCCAGGCCGCAGGGGCUGCGGGGGCUGCGGGAGUUCCCGCGGCGGUUUCCGACGGGGAAGCGGAGACGGUCACGGGAAGCCUCGGAGGGACACCGGCGGGGAAGGCGACGACGGCGCCGAGGGAGCCAGCGGCGGCCGCGCAGACCGAGGAAGACGAUAGUGCCCACGAGAAACCGCCGGUCCUGCCCGCAUGGCAGCAGCCGGAGGACGAGGCAGUCGCCUCCGCGAGCAAGCAACCAGAGAGGGCGACGACUGCGUCGCCGUUGCUCUCGUCCGGCGAGCCAGCAGCUUGCGUCACGGGAGCGGCGGCGACAAUGACCCAGCAGGAUCUGCCGCAGCCUCAGCCGGUGCCUUCACGUACGGUGGCGGCGGUGGCGGCGGCGGCCGCCGGGUCGGACUCGAUCGUUGCCGGCGACGAGUUUCUCUCGCACCGGUCAAAGGUGCGUGCGGUCGUCUUCCCACGGCCUCACACACACCAGGCCCGGAAGAGGCCGGCGGGGCCCCGCGGACUGGAGAGGGAGGGUGGUUCCCCGGGCCCCGGGGAGUACCACGUGCGAGGGGGCGCUGGCGACGGGUGGGGAGGAGCGGGGCGCAAGGGGCCGUUGGUCGCUCCAAAGAGGAUAGCCUUGAAGGAAAAAGCGCGCGUGGUGGUAGAGACCCGCAAAGUAAAGGAGGCGUGCCGCGGGGGGCCCGGGGAGUAUGAAAUCCAAAGUCCCCGGAGACAGAGCGGCAGCAAGGGUCGUCUUCGAAGCGGUUCCCGCCGUCCAUCGAGGGAGCGAGAAGGAGGGAGAUCCUCCCGCCCGCUCCGGGGUUUCCGCUGGGGAGGCCGGAGCAGCUGCGGUUCGGGGAAGAAACGAAACACUAGCGGGUCGAACAGAACGCAGCGAGAGGACAGAAGCCGCUCCGGUGUAAGGGAGCCGCGGCGGCUGGCUUGGGCGGAAGACAACGUCCCGAGGCCUCCAAGAGACAGAGGCAACGGCAUCUAUCACUCGGAGAGCCGCCGCCACGGCAGUAGCGGUGGUGGUAGCAGUUCGUGCUGUUCAGGGUCAUCAUCCUCGCGCUCUCGCCGCAAGCGCAACCUCCCACCGCGCGCCCGUUACAUCCGCUCAUCUACGACGCGGCGGCGACAGGAGCGGCGAAAUACAGAACGGCGGCGGCGGCGGCGGCGGCGGCGAAGGAGGUGUUUGCCUGGACAAGAGCGGAGCCGGCAGAGCGCGUUCGAAACCUCCGAAAGCGGAUCUUCGGUCUCUUUCCUGUCCUCUUCCCCCUCUUCUUCACCACGACGGCACGGCGGUCGAGCCCGCUUCGACGGCGAAGGCCGCCGCCGCCAUUACCAGCACCGACGGGAUAGAGGGUUGGAGUCCGAUUCCUCCUCUUCCACCUUCGGCGGUAGCAGCCGGUGGCGGCGGCGGUGGCGGCGGAGACCCCGUACAGGCGGUCGAAAUUCGGAAAACGGAGGGCCUGGAAGACGCCGCGGAGCCCGGCGCGAGGACGGGGCGACCGAGCCGUCGCGGUCGUCGUCGUCGUCAUCGUGCAGAGACUACAGCAGCAGCGAGGGCUCCAGCAGCAGUUAUAGCAGCGGGGACGGUCAGUGGGAGGAGGAAGAGAUAGACGGAGUGUGGAGAGGGUUCCUCACCGUGUCGAGGAGGGUCCCCGGGGGGAGGUUCGCCCCGCUGGAGAGGAAGGGGGUCGGGGACAAGAACAGAGCGGCGGUGGAACGCGCCAGGCUUCAGCGGGAGCGGGAGAGGAACGUCGGGUACUACGACGUGCGUCGAUCGCUAACGGAAGAGAGAGUGCCAUCUGCUGUGAACUUCGCCGCUCAGGCCGAAGCAAUGGCGAGAGAGCGGCACAGGACAAGCCUGCGUCAAGCCAAAGUGCAGAAGCGCAUGGGCGCCGGUCUGCUGCACCGGGCCUGGGUUUCGGAGUGUGAGGACAUGGAAACCCGCGAAGACGGCGUAUCGAGGGGCGGGGAGGCGAGGGGGCGGAGCGUGGACGACCCUACCCGAAGGAGGACCCCAGGGUUCAGGUAUGUGGAAGAAACGCCUCUCCCGGUCCCGGCGGCGCGUCAGCGGGCGGAGCGGGAGGCCCGCGAACGCAAGCGGCACGACUGGAUGGAGGUCAACAUCCACCAGAAAUGGGUGGAAACCCCACGGGGGGGCGGCGGCAGCGAUGGAGGGGGCGAUUUCGGCAGGACUACGGGGAGGGAGAAGGUCGAGGUGAAGAGGAAGGGCGAGGCAAAGGUCAAGCCGUUCGAUCGGGCGUUGCGGCCUGUAGAUGCCAUGGGCCCCGGGAGGUACGAAACGGAAGACUUGGCGAGAACGACCCGAACCGGCCGGCUCGGUGACGCCCCCGUGCCAGUCAUGGCCGUAGGCGUGGCGAGGAAAGAGGCGGUCGGGCCCAGGGGAGAGAGGCCGGAGGUGGCCGCGGAGAUGGAUCGGGAAGACGAGGGGGAAGAAGGAGGCGUUUUGGUACUGGACGUCCCGGAUGACGUCACCACCCGCGGAAGGAGGCAUGUCCCGGGAGGGGUUCUCUCGUACGCCCCCCGGUGGACGAGCGAAAAAGAAGGUGCGAAAUGGGACGGGGAGGUAUUGGACAUUAAGCCCGAAGCGGGGAGAGAUGUUGUGGGGCCCCGCAGGGACAAGGGCCACCGGUACCUCCGUUUCGAAACCCAGGCCGGCCGCGGCGGAGGCGACGGAAGCAUCACCCCAACGGCGGCGGGGGGGCUGUCACCAGGCGUUGCCAACGGCUUCGGCUUUGGCGUGGCAGUGGCUGCAGAGGGCGACGUGCUGGUGCUAAGCCCCCGGGAUCCCGCAGACGUCCGUCCUAAGGUGGCCGUGAAUCUGGACAAACAGGUUCCCAGGUGGUCCGAAGGACAGGGAGAAGGAGGGGGAAGACGGACGACGCGCGAAAACACCCGCAACGACGACGGGGACGUCUUGCUCCUCAACCCCGACCACGGAGCGGUUCGAAGAAAACCCACCGCCGCCCCGGCGUUCGACAAGCAGUUGGGGUGGCGGGAGUGGCAGGCUGCGGACGAUCUCGACGAACGCGAGCGACGGGAGGUGUGGGGGUCGGGGGGCGAGGAGGACGAGGGCGGCGGAUGCUACGGUGACGGUCCGGUUGAGCGGGCCGAUCGCCGAAGAAGGCCACGUCUGGUAACGCUGGUCGACAUCGAAAAGCAGCAAGGGCAGCAAGAACGCCUCCAGGAGGACGGCAACGAUUUCGGCGACAGCUUGAUCCCGCCCCCCCUGGAGCUGACCUACCGCGACGCCGACUACGACACCGAACCCGGGAUGGCCUUGACGAGGCCACGAGCGGUCGGGGGCACCGCUGACAUGCGACAGGGCACGGGCAAGGGGGGAUCGGCAGACGGAGACGGUGGGCGAGGUUUGGGGAGUCCUGCUGCACAAGAAGGGGACGAGUUGAUCCUGUCCCCGAGGUGGUCGUUCCUGGCGACCCGGCCGAGUCAAGCGGCGGAGUGGCGCCGAGGCUCGACAACGCCACGUUUCCUGGAAACCCUCGCUGGGGGCCUCGCGGAGGCGACGGUGGAAGAAGGAGAGGGGUCACCGCGGCUGGAUCUCGUCGGGGUGGAGGCGGCGAGGGCCAAGCUUUCCCGCUGGAGGGGCUCCGCAGCCGUACCUCCGUUGGACGUGGAUAUGUCCAAAAUACAGAGCCGGCCGUCUUCUCUCUUCGGCAUUCCCGAGCGCCACGUGCGGCAUGCCGCCCCUUCCGGCGGCGCGGCAGCCGCCUUCACCGACGACGAGCUUAGGGACGACCGCCUCAUGGAAGGGCAAAGACUGCAACUACACGUUGGUAGCGGUAGCACAGCCACACCACGACCGCGGCUGGUACAAGGAGUACGGUUCGGCGCGGCUCGCUCUUCGAGGACGCCGACACUACUAUCGCCGUUGUUGUUGGCCAUGCCCCUACCGGGAAGGAGGGCGAAUACUUCUGCUGUUACGCCCACCGCCGCCGCUUCUUCUGCCGCAGGAGGAGAUGCUGUCGGCCUGGCGACGGAAGCGAAUGAGCCUGCUCCGCCGCCGGUGGCGCAAGCAGCCGCAACAAGACAGCUCUCUAAUCGGAGAGGAGGGCCCGAAAAUGUUACGGCGGGGGACACACUAAUACCGGGAGCUCGUGUUGUUGGCCCUGGCGGUACGUUUCCUUGGCGGAGUGAUGAUGAUGGUGGUGACGGUGGUCGUAGUGUUGGCGGUGUCAGAGCAGUCAACAGUGGGAAGAGUAGAAGUAGUAGCCGCGCUUCGAAGGCUGCACUGCUUGCGGGAACAAACUUUCGUCGAAAUUUAGCAGGAGGAGAACGUGUUAGUCGAGGGGGUGGCGGCGGUGGAGGUGGCGGAGGCGGCGGCCGUGGAAUCGAAAAAGAGGGAAGGGCAGAGGGAGGACGGGGCCGGGUCUCAAAACCCGGUACACACACAAGUACAAACUAACCACCACCACCACCAGCAGGAAGGAGGGGGAAAGAACGCGGGACAAAGGCGAAGAACGCGGCCAUUGAGGGGUUGGACGUCACCGCCGCCCGGUGCAGCGCGGCGAAGCUGUACAAUUGUCGAAGUCUCUCAAGAAUGGCAUUUUUAUUGUGCUCGAGAAUAUACUCGGCGUUUAUUUGUUUGUGGGGUUGUUUUUCGACGUCGCGGAUGAUCUUCUUACAAUACGCUGGAGAAUAAACUCGACGUUUUUGUGGAGUUAUUUAUCGACGUCACGGAUGAUCUUGUUAUUAUCGGCUGGAGAAUAAGCUCGACGUUGUUGCUGCAACGAACGUUACGGUCCAGUGCAAGGAUGGUCAGCCAUAACGGUAUUUGCUUGUGUGCAACCGACAUCGAUACCCGGCCCGGAAUCAGCCUGCUCGGUUGAGUGUGCCUACAGGCGCCACCACAGAGCGCUGCUAGGAUUACACGUGUAUAAGCGAAAUUGAGCCCCCGCCACAAGGAGUGGAAGUUCUCAAAAGUUGAGAACUGAAGGAACCCCCGAAAAGGCACACGCAUGUGCGGCCAUUUCUUCGGUAUUAUUUUGGACAGGCACAGACGUGCGGGCCGAAUUUUUCUUGGAAAUGUUUUAUAUUAUGCAUUCCCACGUGAACAUCGAAGCAAUAAUAGGUUCGGUCUCGAGAAAACACCUGUUAGUGAUGGACGAGCUUGUUAAAAAAAUAUUUUCGUGUCAUGUUCCACGCUUUACGCUAGGAGGGUGCCGAAAAGCGCAACACCGAGGGUAGUACCGCUUGCAGUGGCCCUCAAAUGAACUCACUCCAAGUGAGGAGCACAGCUGAAUUUGAGAUGCAUGCCGCAAUCGUGGCACAUCACGAUUGAUUUCCUGCGCGCAUCACGUGCAUCCCACAGCAGCAGUUAGUUGUUGGCAGCAACGAGCGAUGCGCGCGGCGGCUCGCAUUAAUACCUCCACCGCUCACAGACCAGCAAGACAUAGUCCAUAUCUCGGUGUGUUGACUUUUGAGCAUGAUCGACUCUGCUCGUCGCCACCAUCACCAUCCACCGCUACGACUCAAAAACCUUGCAUAUUCCCACCUGUCCCGCAUACACGCAUGCAUCCGUGCAUGCCACUGCCAGUUUAAACAUGGGCGGGACACAGCAAAAAAAAACAAACAAGGAGAUUCAGUUGAUCACUCCAAUAAAUAUUAACUAGAAAUACCAAACCGCACAUUGCUGGCUGCACCUCCCUCACUAGCAUGGUCCAUCAGACGGCGUCGAUAUCCUCUUCUUCUCACCAUAAAACUACGACAAGGGCCUCUCUCUACAAAAACACACACCAGCAUACGGCGAGAAAUAAACCAACCUAUCUUCCAAGAUGGCCAUAUACACGCCCGGCGCGUGUGCGAAUUUGGUUGCUCGAGAUUGAUACCAAUCAGUCAGCUUCCUUACGACGGAUACCGAGGGGGAGCGAGAGUCGACUGCUUACGUACGUACUGUUGCUCUGAACAUGCAGCCACGAGAAAAAAUCGCAGAAAAAAAUGCAUACACAAAAAAAAGACGCGAAAAGUAUAGAAACCCUCUCCGGCACAUGGUCUGUAUAUGCUGCUGCACCCUCAUCCAUCGGCAUUGUUUCCCCCAAUCGGUUGCUGCCCCCUUA